GCGCUCAAUGAAUCUUCGGAUAGGUUGAGCCGCGAAGGAUUCACCCGUUGGAUCCUCCAAAUUCAGGAAAAGAAAGCUGCAUUUGAAGUAACGUUAACCUUCUACAUGGGACGACCUAGUCCCGCCGCUGUGAAGCAUUCGGUCUUCAAAUGCAGCCUUCGGAGGGUGCGCGCGCGUGUAUGCACGCGUGCGUGCGCGCGCACACUGUAUGUGUGCGUACAUGCGUGUAUCUGUUUCUGCGUCACAUAGCCUUUUAUCCUUUGAUACGUAGACAACAUUCUAGAACUUUAAAGAACACAAAACCUGGUUACCUCCAAGCUACCAGCAGUCAAACAAACACAGUCACAAGACACACACACACACAAACGCACCAGAGCGUCCAGAAACGUUUUCAAGAUGGAGACAAGUAGAAAAACGCAAAGUAAAAAAGGAAGAAACAAGCUUAAAACCAACAACAUCCAGAUAGGCAGUUCCUGGAAUACAGUUCCCAUAUUGGCUGCAGACGUGAACUGUAAAAUGGAGCAGACUGCUAAACCUGAACAGUCUGUGAAGCCAGCAGUCGAGAGGAAACAGCCCCAGCCAGUUAACCCUGGGCUGAAAUCGACUAGAACUAACCUCCAAAAGGGAAAUGGGACUGUCUACUGCCAGAAGCUUGAUUUUAUUGAGUAUCCCCAGCAGCAGAAAGAGCAGCCAAUGCACCUUUAUUUGAAAAGGCGCAAUACACACUUUAGACAGGUUUCCCUACCUGUGAGGGCAGCCGAAAAAACGCAGCCUAACAUGCCACCUGAGGAACAGGUAGCUGCGAUCUCAGAGGAACCACAGGCAUCCGCUGCCCCAGAGGAACCACAGGCAUCCGCUGCCCCAGAGGAACCACAGGCAUCCGCUGCCCCUGAAGAACCAGAGGCAUCCGCUGCCCCAGAGGAACCACAGGCAUCCGCUGCCCCAGAGGAACCACAGGCAUCCGCUGCCCCCGAAGAACCAGAGGCAUCCGCUGCCCCAGAGGAACCACAGGCAUCCGCUGCCCCCGAAGAACCAGAGGCAUCCGGUGCCCCAGAGGAACCACAGGCAUCCGCUGCCCCCGAAGAACCACAGGCAUCCGCUGCCCCAGAGGAACCACAGGCAUCCGCUGCCCCAGAGGAACCAGAGGCAUCCGCUGCCCCAGAGGAACCACAGGUAGCUGCGAUCUCAGAGGAACCAGAGGCAUCCGCUGCCCCAGAGGAACCAAAGCCUGACGUAACCCCCGAGGAACCACAGGUAGCUGUGGCCCCAAAAGGACCACAGGUAACUAUGGAAAGCAAAUCAGUGGAGGCUUUCUAUAAAAAGACAGGGGUUAAAAUGAUAGAAGUCUCUGAGCUCGACUUCAUGGACAAAGAUGAGGAGACCACCAGACUCAGAUAUCAGCAGGCGUAUUUGAUAACCAAGGUGGAGCGUCUGAAAGAAAGUCUCCAGACUCAGACAGCUCUCAAUACACAAGCUGAUGUCAGACACAAGACCAGAAUCAAGACUCUCCAGCGGCAAAUAAUUAACAGAGAGUUCUUUGAAAGAGAGACUCUCCGCAAAAUUAGAAAGCUGGAGGAAGCUCUUGAAAAAGAACUGAAUCAGCAGAAGAAAGUGGAGACUUCCCUGGCCCAUCAGAGGGAAGAAAACUCCAGACUGGUGGCUGCGCUGGUCCAGGCAGAGGAGGACCUAAAGAGGGAGACACUCAAGUGGGAAGAGGAAAAGUCCAGUCUCCUGCAAAUGAUAGAAGAACAACAACAACAACAACAACAGGCCCUCCAGCAGAAAACCACCGGAGAUCAUCUGAAGGACAGAAUUGUCGAUCUCGAGCAAAAGAUGGCAGUGAUCGACAAGAAACCUAAGAGACGUUCUCUGUGGAAAAGAUUCCUCCAGGUCUUCAAAUGAACUGGAGCGACCUCACCAUCCUGCUCAGACCUCCUCUGCCACCCCCCUCAUUCUACCCCCAAAUUAAAGAAAAUAAAUAAAAGGCGGCACGGUGGUGCAGUGGUUAGCACUGUCACCUCACAGACUUUCUGUGUGGAGUGUGCAUGUUCUCUCCGUGCCUGCCUGGGUUUACUCCGGGUGCUCCGGUUUCUUCCCACAGUCCAGACAUGCAGCUUAGGUUAAUUGGACACUCUAAACUACUAAUUGUGUGUAUAGAUAAGAGGAACAUCCAAAUAAAUAAAAUAAAUAAUCAACUGUAUUUAAAGGG